UUGCUUGGUUUUCUUUGGUGCAUAGUAUGGCAUUUUACUGUGAACAACUCCCCAGCCAACUCGAAAUGGAUUAGCGAUCAUGAAGUGAAAUAUCUCCAACAUCAUCUGCCGAAAAAGCAUGUCAAAACCGAGAAAAAGGUAAUUCCAUGGCAUGCGAUGGCUCGUUCAGCUCCAUUACUUGUUGUUUUUUAUUCGAGUAUCAUUGGAAAUAUGAUGAUCGCUAUGAUACUCGUCUAUAUCCCCGUCUAUUUCAAAGAUGUUCUGUUGCUCGAAGUGAAACAGAAUGGUCUCUAUACGAUGCUUCCGCAUGUGUUCAACUUGAUAUCAAAACUUGUUUGGGGUUUUCUGAUGGACUAUCUGAAAAGCAAAAAAAUACUCACUGCAACUCAGACUGUAAAGCUGUCACAAGUGCUCUCGAUGAUGACUCUGUGCCUUUGCUUCCUUGGGCUGGCUUACGGCGUAGAUUGCUCUACCCAUGGCUUGGCACUGUUUCUGCUUUGUACAAUUGGAGCAGCCUUCGGCCUAUCCAUCAGUGGAUUCUUGACAAGCCUUUUGUCGUUGUCGCCUAAUUUUAUCGGAGUUCUUACCAGUACUUCCCAAGUGAUCGGUUUUGGUGGCCGUUUGGCUGCUCCCCAGAUUAUCACCUUCUUCAAGACUGUGGGCACAGCUGAGGAAUGGAGAGGAAUCCUGCUAGUAUACUCUGCCAUGACCGUUAUAUCAGCAUUACUGGUGAGUAUCGAUUACCGAUUCGAUCAGCGGAUCUUGAGUCAUUGCACUCCAAUUGCUGCUACUCCUAACCAUCUAGUAAGGAAGCUAAAUAAAUCCAAUGAAGAAGAUCUGUUGUUGUAUACUGCUCUACAGUCUACAUAUUAUAGGUGUUAA